UGCGCUGAUUGUGUGACCGGCCUGCACUUACUUGCAUAAAAAAAUUCGUCCGCCAUUUUUGUAGUGCACGGGCUGUUGUCAAAAAAUGAGGGGACCCGUGGGUUCACAUUUUGUCGCUUGAAACUGGCCAAAUCGAUUCCUACGAGUCUUUGAUACUUUGCCUCAAUGACAAGCACCACUGCACCACAGAGGAAAGCUGACUAGUGGGUGGGGGCCAGAGCCGGUCAGCAUGGCAUCUGGCAGCCAGUCUGUGCGUGCGCAGAACAGCCAUGGGCUCAAGCAGAUUGACCUGGACCAGAUAUGGGGAGACCUGCGCGAAGGGAUCGAGCAGGUCUACACCAACAAGCAGGACAAUAUGUCUAAGACCCGCUACAUGCAGCUAUACACACACGUCUACGACUACUGUACCAGUGUACAUCAGGGUGGUUCGCGAACACCUGCAACCAAAACCAAGAAGAACCAGCCCGUCGGAGGGGCACAGUUUGUUGGCUAUGAGCUGUACAAACGUUUGAAAGAGUUCCUCAAGAAUUACCUUGUCACGCUUCUUAGGGAUGGAAUCGACCUUAUGGACGAAGAUGUGCUACGGUUCUACACCAAGGAGUGGGAAGAGUACCAGUUUUCAAGUAAGGUGCUCAAUGGCAUCUGUUCCUAUCUCAAUCGGCACUGGGUAAAGCGAGAAUGCGAUGAGGGAAGGAAGAAUAUCUACGAGAUAUAUCAGUUGGCCUUGGUCUCCUGGAGGGACUGCUUCUUCACCCCAUUGCACAAGCAGGUUACCAAUGCCGUUCUCAAGCUCAUUGAAAAGGAGCGGAACGGUGAGCCCAUCAACACGCGACUGGUCAGCGGAGUUAUGUUCUGCUAUGUCGAGCUCGGUCUGAACGAGGAAGAUCCGUCGGCCAAGGGGCCCAACCUGUCCGUGUACAAAGAUGCGUUUGAGAACACGUUCCUGGAAGACACUGAGCGCUUUUACAACCGGGAGAGCAUGGAGUUCCUGAGGCAGAACCCUGUCACAGAGUAUAUGAAAAAGGCGGAGCAGCGUCUGACCGAGGAGCAGCGGCGGGUGCACCUGUACCUGCAUGAGACGACAUUAGAGGCACUUGCCAAGACAUGCGAGAAAGUGCUCAUUGAGAAGCACCUGGAGAUCUUCUAUGCAGAGUUCAAGAACUUGCUCAGCGAUGAUAAGGACGAAGAUCUUGGACGAAUGUUCCAGCUGGUCUCUCGCAUUGUUGAUGGGCUUGGUGAACUGCGUACUUUGCUCGAAGAGCACAUACAGGCCCAGGGCCUGUCUGCCGUGGAGCGGCUAGGUGAGGCAGCUGCCCAGGAUCCCAAGCUGUAUGUGGCCACCCUGCUGCAGGUGCACCGCAAGUACAACGCUCUCGUGCUCACUGCCUUUGCCAACGACGUGGGCUUUGUUGCUUCCCUCGACAAGGCAUGUGGCAAGUUCAUCAACAACAAUGCUGUCACAAGGCUCGCCAACUCGUCUAGUAAAUCUCCUGAGCUGUUGGCUAAGUACUGCGACAUUCUGCUAAAAAAGAGUUCCAAAAACCCAGAGGAGUCUGAACUCGAAGACACGCUUAAUCAAGUGAUGAUAGUGUUCAAGUACAUUGAAGACAAAGAUGUGUUCCAGAAGUUCUACAGCAAAAUGUUAGCCAAGCGGCUAGUACAGCACAUGUCAGCCAGCGAUGAUGCUGAAGCAAGUAUGAUCUCCAAGCUCAAGCAAGCCUGCGGCUUCGAGUACACCUCGAAGCUUCAACGCAUGUUCCAAGACAUUGGAGUAAGCAAGGACCUGAACGAGCAGUUUAGGAAGCACAUGUCUAAUACUGAGGACAACCUUGGAUUGGAUUUCAGUAUACAAGUUCUGAGUUCCGGAUCAUGGCCGUUCCAGCAGUCAUUCACGUUAGCACUUCCUCAGGCGCUGGAGCGAAGCGUUCAGCGCUUCACCAUGUUCUACAGCAGCCAGCACAGUGGCCGCAAGCUCCACUGGUUGUACAACAUGUCUAAGGGGGAGCUGAUUGCCAAUUGCUUCCACAAGAACCGUUACACACUGCAGGCGUCCACCUUCCAGAUGGCCGUCCUAUUGCAGUACAACAUUGAAAAGUCCUACACGGUGCAACAGCUUCAAGAAGGAACUGGCAUCAAAAUGGACAUACUGCAGCAGGUGCUGCAGAUCCUGCUCAAGUCUAAGCUGCUCGUGUGCUUGGAGGACGAAGACUCGUCACAGGGGGGCAACUUUGAGCUGCGCCCGGAUUCGGUCGUGUCCUUGUACGAGGACUACAAGAACAAGAAGCUGCGCGUCAACAUCAACGUCCCUAUGAAGGCCGAAAUGAAAGUGGAGCAGGAGACUACCCACAAGAACAUUGAAGAGGACAGGAAGAUCCUCAUUCAGGCGGCUAUUGUGCGUAUCAUGAAGAUGCGCAAGACACUCAAACACCAGCAACUUCUUGCGGAAGUUCUAAACCAGCUGUCCUCGAGGUUUAAACCCAGGGUGCCUGUAAUUAAGAAAUGCAUAGACAUUCUAAUUGAGAAGGAGUACCUCCAGAGAGCAGAUGGUCAGAAGGACACAUACACCUACCUUGCGUGAAGCGCCAAGUCCGGCUGGGUGGAGAGAGGCAGGUUCCUUAAAAGCCAAGUGACAGGGCGUCGAACCAUGAAGACGUUCUUCCGAGCUAAGUCGAAACAAAGGCCUACUACUGCCGCCACCUCCUCUUGUAUAUGUGCUGUGCCGAGAAAGAGGGCAAGGUUUUUGUCUUAGGGGGAGGGGCAGGUGAAAAACAAGAGCUGUGUGCUGGCUUGUCUUUCGAAAAGACCUCUCCGCACACCCAGUCACGUGAAGAAUGGUGUAGAUCCUGCCAGGUUACUUUUAUCGGAUGCUCUUUCCCCCAUCCCACUGUCCGCCGCAACCACUGCAACUGGAAGAAGGAAAAAGCCGGAUGCCUCUGUGUCGACCCACCAGCCGACUUCUCGCAAGGUACUUGCCCGUGUCUCAAAAGUGACUCAACAUCACACCGCCACUGCCGAAGAAGGCGGACCAUGGUGGAUGCCGUAACGUGCUGCCACCUCUUGUUUUAUUUGCUUUUCACACUGAGAGGACUUCAGCGGCAUGAAGGACUUCAGAAGGGUGGGCAAGAAAGAGAAAACCGAAAAGGGAAACCGAGGGCCUCUAUUGUGACUCAAACACAUGCUGUUGUUCGCCAAUGUUCGUCACUAGUGAGUAAGGUGCAUGUGAAAUGUGUGUGGUGCGCGCUGCCAGUGGGCAGCGGCAGCGGCACCCUAGGAACGCUCUUCGCCUAUUGGCAUUUGUUGCAGCAGGCAGCUUCCCCCCCUCCCUACCCUCUACUUUUGUGCAUAGGCCUGGUGACAACUUGGAACUUUGAAACAAAAUAGUGUGCAGUGCUACGACCCUUUCUUUUUUUUUUUUUUCAUGUAACCCGCAUUUUUUUUUUGUUCUUUGCUGUCCUUUGCUCGCAUUUUUUUACUCUGCCACCCAGCCCCUUUCUCGUCGCUGUGUUCUUGUUUCCCUGCCUAUGUCUACGGCAUUCUCUGCAGGGUCAUCGUCCCUAUGUGUUGCCUCUGUAUCACUACACCUUUUUGUAGGGCCACUAUCUCAUGGGUCUCAACUGUAAUCCCCUCUCUCUCUCUCUCUUUUUUUUUUCAGUGAACAACACAAUUACAAAGGAAAAGAAAAAGAGCAUGUUACGAGGGCUUUGAUAUCAUAAUUCUCUUGUGAUAGCGGCAACAGUUUUUUGUUGUUGCACUCAUGUAGGCGCCGCAGCGUGCUCUGAGAUGCAUUUUUUAUUUUUUUAUUGUUCAUUUGUUAGUUGGCCUAUUUGCUUUUUUUUUUUUCUCUCUCUCUCCUUUUAGAGGUGUUGCAAGGGAGGCAGUGUUGCUACUUUCGAGCGUUUGCCCCAUAGUUCAGUUUCUCUCGUGGGUUGGGAGAAUGGCUGUUUCCCUUAUUUUAUUGAUGUGCUCCUCCAUCAAGGUGGUCAGGUGCCUUGUUUUUCGUGCAAAGCAACAGAUGCCUCUCCUGGAAAUGCCGACUGCCGUGUGUACAAGAGUGCUGAAAUCUGGGUCACGAGGAGCAAUAAAAGAAAAAAAUGCACUAAA